AGAGGCUGGAGUCGGAGCGUCUCCCGAGUGCCUUUCAUCUGAGAAGUUCAAGGCACUUUGUAGGACUUCUGCCACAGGCCGCACUGGGUCUUGCAGCACAUUUGUAAGCAAUGGCUGCCAUCCGGAAGAAAUUGGUGCUUGUUGGUGAUGGAGCCUGCGGCAAGACUUGCUUGCUCGUCGUUUUUAGCAAGGACCAGUUCCCAGCGGUGUACGUACCUAUGGUGUUUGAGAACAAUGUGGCAGACAUUGAAGUGGAUGGAAAGCAGGUCGAGUUGGCUUUGUGGGACACAGCCGGGCAGGAGGAUUAUGAUCGCUUGAGGCCCCUCUCCUACCCGGACACGGAUGUGAUCCUGAUGUGUUUCUCCAUCGACAACCCUGAUAGUUUAGAAAACAUCCCAGAAAAAUGGACUCCGGAAGUCAAGCAUUUCUGUCCCAAUGUGCCCAUCAUCCUGGUUGGGAACAAGAAGGAUCUUCGAAAUGAUGAGCUCACAAGGUGGGAGCUAGCCAAAAUGAAGCAAAAACCAGUCAAACCGGAAGAAGGCAGAGAGAUGGCAAACAGGAUUGGCGCUUUGGGGUACGUGGAGUGUUCAGCAAAGACCAAAGAUGGAGUGAGGGAGGUUUUCGAAACGGCCACAAGAGCUGCUCUGCGAGCCAGACGUGGGAAGAAGAAAUCUAGGUGCCUUGUUUUGUGA